ACAGACCAAAAUCGCACUAGACCUAUAGAGACAGACAUCUGAGCUUUACCGACAAGAUUACACGGAGCAUAAUAUGCAUCAACAAGCUCUUGCAUGAUACGAGUACUAUACGAGGUGUUUAAUGCCUGAUUGGGAAACACUCAAAUUUAGUGUAAAGCUCUAAUCCACGUUGCUCGUUAAGAAGAAGCAUUGAAAUGGAGUGAUGAGUGGAGUGUUUGAUAUCUUCAGACAUUAGUUUCCUUAGUCUAUUUUAUAGGUUUGUCUAUCAUUAUAAUCUCACAUUUUGAUCAUGAAUUCAUUUCAGAUUUCUUUCAUGAUUUAAUUGUGGGUUAAAACUUUUUAAAGAAUUGAUUUUGAAGUAUCCGGCUUGAACUCUGGCUAUAUACAGAUAAUAUUAUUGUGAUUUAAGUCAGCAAGUUCAUUGAACCGAGAAAUAUCUACCGCACAUGAUCUCCGGUUGCUUCUUGAUUAGCCCCAUGAGCACUCUGUAAUCCAACUUAAGAUGAGCGGUUUCCCAGGUAACCUUUCUGAACGGCAGAAGGCUAAACUAGAAAAGUUAAAGGAAAAUCUUUCAAACAUCUCUGGACCAGAGGAUGAUGAUGCAGUAUUUCUCCGUUUUUUGCGUGCUAGGAAAUUUGACAUUGGUAAAGCAGAGUUGAUGUUCAGAAACGAUGUCAAAUGGAGAAAGGAGAACAACGUCAGCACUAUUCUAGAAACAUACCAGGUCCCUGAGGCUUUGAAAACGCAUUGGUGUGGUGGUGUAUCUGGCUUGGAUAAAGAGGGCCAUGCUGUUUAUAUAUCACCCAUGGGCAACUUUGAUCCAAAAGGUGUAUUGUAUUCAGCUAAGACCAGUGAUAUCCUAAAGACCUAUGCACACUCACUCGAGGAAAUGAUUGACUGUCACAAGAAAUUAUCCGAACAGAGAGGGCUAAAGCAUACUGAAGGUUCUUUGAUGAUUUUUGACAUGGAGAAUCUUGGUGUACAUCAUUUAUGGAAACCUGGUAUUGAUAUCUUUAUCAAGAUGGCUGAAUUAGCUGAACAGCAUUAUCCCGAGCUUAUCCACCGCUUGUUUGUCAUCCGUGCUCCAAUGGUGUUUCCAGUGGCCUACACCAUCUUUAAACCAUUCUUACAGGAAGAUACACGGAGAAAACUACACAUAUUAGGAAGUAAUUGGAAGGAGGUAUUAUUGAAGCAUAUCGACGCUGAUCAGCUACCAGUUUACUGGGGAGGAACUAAGACUGACCCUGAUGGAAAUGAGAUGUGUACUUCACUGAUCAAAAUUGGAGGUGCAAUCCCUACAUCCUUCUACCAGAAAGACCGUGAGCCGCCCCACACCUGGGCGACUCAUCAAGUAUCCAGAGCAGGGGUAGUUACCUUCGAGUAUCAGGUUAACAAAUCUAACAGUGUAUUAAGGUAUGAGUUUCAGACAGACUGCAAUGACAUCAAGUUCGGCUUUGAUAGAGCAGAUGCGAAUGGUAAGAAGACUGCUAUUUUGAAACUGGAGAAAUACAACAGUCACAUGGUGCCAGAAAACGGUGAAGUCUUGAUAACCGAGCCAGGAAAAUAUAUCGUCACAUUUGACAAUCGUCAUAGCUGGAUCCAGUCCAAGAAGCUUUCCUAUUGGUUGGAGCUACUGGAACCUAGUGACGUCACGGAUAUCGAAUCGGAACAGUGAUAUCGUUGAAAGAUUUAUUUUAUGCGUUUUGCUUCUAAAAUGAAUGAAACUCAUUGUAAGCUACUGAAAUAUAAAAUUGUCAUUAUUGGUCAAGGGCAUUUGCUACUAAAUAACUUUUAUGAAACAUCGCCAAGUUUUAAGAAUAUGAAUAUUCAGUUACAAGAUCUACAUGUAUUAAUGAAAUAUUAAUGAAUGGGAUGAUAUGCACACAUUGCUUUUUAAACAACACCCUCUCUCAUCCAACUUUAUUUCACCACUUUUAGUCCUUGCUUGUCUCUCAUUCUCAUUCAAUUUCUCUGAAAGAAGAACACCCCGCCCCUCUCUCGUUUUUAUUUUUAAUUUCACCACUGUUAGUCCCCUGUUUAUAUCUCAUGUAACUUUCUCAGUCUCAUUCCAUUUCUUUUAAAGACUACCCCGUCACCUCUCUUAAUUCCUUCUCUCUAUUUCGCUUUUAGUCCCCUGUUUAUAUCUCAUGUUACUUUCUCAGUCUCAUUCCAUUUCUUUUAAAGACUACCCCGUCACCUCUCUCUUAAUUCCUUCUCUCUAUUUCGCUUUUAGUCCCCUGUUUAUAUCUCAUGUUACUUUCUCAGUCUCAUUCGAUAUCUUUUAAAGACGACCCCGCACCCUCUCCCUCUCUUAAUUCCUUCCCUCUCAUCCCUCUAUUUCAACACUGUUCGUCCGUUUAUAUCUCAUUAUAACUUUCUCAGUCUCAUUCCAUUUCUUUUAAAGACUACCCCGUCACCUCUCUUAAUUCCUUCUCUCUAUUUCGCUUUUAGUCCCGUUUAUAUCUCAUGUUACUUUCUCAAUCUCAUUCGAGAUCUUAAGACGACCCCGUCACCCCUCUCUCAUAAUUCCUUAUCUAUUUCGCUUUUUGUCCCCUGUUUAUAUCUCAAGUUACUUUCUCAGUCUCAUUCGAGAUCUUUUAAAGACGACCCCGUCACCCCUCUCUCAUAAUUCCUUUUUUAUUUCGCUUUUAGUCCCGUUUAUAUCUCAUGUUACUUUCUCAGUCUCAUUCGAGAUAUUUUAAAAACGACCCCGUCACCCCUCUCUCAUAAUUCCUUAUCUAUUUCGCUUUUUGUCCCCUGUUUAUAUCUCAAGUUACUUUCUCAGUCUCAUUCGAGAUCUUUUAAAGACGACCCCGUCACCCCUCUCUCAUAAUUCCAUCUCUCUAUUUUGCUUUUAGUCCCCUGUUUAUAUCUAAUGUUACUUUCUCAGUCUCAUUCGAGAUCUUUUAAAGACGACCUCGUCACCCCUCUCUCAUAAUUCCUUUUCUAUUUCGCUUUUAGUCCCCUGUUUAUAUCUCAUGUUACUUUCUCAGUCUCAUUCGAGAUCUUUUAAAGACGACCCCGUCACCCCUCUCUCAUAAUUCCUUAUCUAUUUCGCUUUUUGUCCCCUGUUUAUAUCUCAUGUUACUUUCUCAGUCUCAUUUGAUAUCUUUUAAAGACGACCCCGCACCCUCUCUCUUAAUUCCUUCCCUCUAUUUCACCACUGUUAGUCCGUUUAUAUCUCAUUUUAACUUUCUCAGUCUCAUUCCAUUUCUUUUAAAGACUACCCCGUCAUCUCUCUCUCAAUUCCUUCUCUCUAUUUCGCUUUUAGUCCCCUGUUUAUAUCUCAUGUUACUUUCUCAGUCUCAUUCGAGAGCUUUAAAAGAAGGCCCCGCCGCCCCUCUCUCAUAAUUCCUUCUAUUUCGCUUUUCGUCCCCUGUUUAUAUCUGUUACUUUCUCAGUCUCAUUCCAUAUCUUUUGAAGAUGACACUGCCCCCCUCUUUCUAGCCAAAAAUGUUCAAUAAAUCUCCAAUAUUCCUUUCUUUCUCUAACCAUUAUUAAUCCCUCUAUUUCAUCUUUAAUUUCCAUUUUCUCAGUCUCACUUCAUACCAGUAUAAAAAGUUUCUUUCCUCCAAUUCUCAAUACAAAUGAUAUUUCUUUGACUGGAUCAUCAAUUUGUGAUACAUAUAUUAAUUUUCUAAAGCUAUUAACUAUCCUUUGUGAAAAAUACUAAUUUUGAAUUAAAUGUCACAUCCUAUCCACUCCAACAUGAGAACAUUUAAGAUCUGGGCACAGUUGCAUAAAAAAUGAACUACUUUUGCCAUCCAAUGGUAACUUUGAUGAAAUCCUUGAUUUUGAUUAGCUGUUGAGUAUUGUUGCCAUGGUAGUUAUUAUUGGAUGAUAAAGUCACCAUAACAGUAACUUUUAUGCAAUGGGGCCCUGAACUAAAAUGAACAAAGACCAGUAAAGCUAACUGCCAUAUCACAUUGCUCAUGAAAUGAACAUGAAAGAAACACACCAUUACAUUGUCAUUAAUUCUAUUUUCAUAUAUAAUUAUCAUAAACAUUUACAUGUAUUCUACAAAACAAAUACAUUAACAUGGCAGAAAUCAUAUCUGCACCGUUUAUAAAUCUUCUUUGAAUAUGGUGAAGUAUAUUGCUUUAAAGACUAAGAUGUUAAGACCUGUUAAUUUGACAAUACUAAGUGUAAUAUGAAUGGAUUCUCAAUUAUCUAUAUCAUCAGGGGCUGUAGAAAAGUUUUGAAAGUGGGGAGGGGGGGGGGACCAUGCUGUCAUUGACUCAUGACAGGGAAAUCAGGGACAAUAUCUUGUGCAAUACAGAAAUGUUGGCUUGACAUAACGUAACAGGGUUAUGAAAAAUAAAUGUGAUUGGAUAGUUUAUUUAAAUAACUUAUCGUAAAUAUGUUCCCUGCCAUUUAAUUGCCUACGCCCUUAUAAAAAUUGUUCAUGAAUUAAUUUCUAUACAGAUGUUUUAUAAAGAAUUCAUAUUAGACUUAGGGUUAGGUUUGAAGUUCGGUUAGUUAGAUUUUGGCUCAAUGUGCACAUUUUCUGUUGAAGCAAUUGUUGCUGAAACACCCCCCCCCCCCCCCCGGAAGCCUACUACAAUUGUACCGGAAUUUUAUAUUAUAGAAAUAAAAAUACACUUAUCAAUAAAGAAGCAGUAUACUAUUAACUAAAUAAAUAAAUAGAUGAAAUAAU